AAAAAGAAAAAAAGCAAAAAGUCUUGUCCUGUACCUUUAUUUGCCGCAUGUCCACCUCAUCCUCGGCUGACAGGACGGCUUAUCUUGUCUCAGCCAUCCAGGCGAUUCUAUCAUCAGAGCCAGCAGGCCUGACAUCACGCGAUAUCGCUCAUCGCCUGGUGAUCAUGCAGGCACCAUACUCAUCGUCAUCUUCAGGAUCGUUCAUAAAGAGAGUACAAAGGAUCUUAUCCAUGUACAAUGCAAAUGCGAAAUCAAAUAGAGGAAACUGUUUCCGGUAUAUCCAUGACAUAGGAGUCUGGACAUUAAACAAAUCACAUUCACAGGAUGCAGCGGAUUUUCUUUCAGGGAUUUUACCCACACCACAGACCAAAAAGAUACCCUCGUUUCAGCUUUCCAGGAAUACAAGUAUGACCACUACCACUGUGACACCCACGCCUAGUCAAUCAUCUGUCAGCGUAAUAUCGUCUGCUGUAGGUAGUUCCCUAACUACAGGCAUCAUGGAGCAGGUUAGCACUUGGAGGACCGGCGGAGACACAGAUGACGAUGAUGAAGCCAGUUUAGAGAUAUAUUCCAACCCCUCCAUGAACCGAUCGUCCUUUCCAUCACAAAUAUCCAGCGGAGGGUCACUCUUGAACGGAAUGGAGAUCAUGCCCACACUUCACCAACUUCAGUUCCCACAGCAUCCUCUGGACCAGCAUGAUGACAGUUUGUUUCAACACAAUGCUUCACUCAGCGAUAUCAUGCCGCCACCUUCAUCCACGGCUUCAUACCGCCGUCAUUCAGUAUCGUCUCAUCAACAGCGGCCUUUCAGCAGGGUUAAGAGACCUAGCCAGGACGAUAAUGUCGGCGAUCAAUUUGUUCCGAGCACGACACGUGCAUCCUAUCAUGCCAUGACGGCUGAUAUUCUUGCAAGGGGGGUAAAUCGGCAAACCGAAGGUAGAUUUCAAGGCGGGAUGGUAAGUGCCAUUGACAUCCCUGGCGAACAUGGUUCUGCGCACACCCCCACCCCAAAAUCAGGGUUUCCAUCGCCUCAAUCAACUGCUCCAUCACCUCGAUCUACGCCUGUUCAGAACUUCAUCCAGCCAUCCCAAUCUGGGUCUAUCAGAGGUGAUGCAGAGACUCACCAUCGUCAGCCCUCAAGUCACUCUGGACAGCUGCGCCUCUCACCAAACCAGCUAGAGAAGCUGGAGAACUCGCGGCAACGGCCUCAGAGUCGAAAAAGCAUGGAUGAAGCCGGUAUUGAGGACGAAGAUGAGCCUAUGCAGCGGGAGCAACCAAAGCAGCCCCAUGCACCAUCGCCAGGAUUCAUGAAAGAGGAUUUACGCUUACGGGAUCUAGGUGCCAGCCUUCAAAAGUCGCUUUCCUUUAAUGGAGAUGAUGAAUAUGAAGAACUCCAACAGGACGAAGAACCCUUAUCAAACCAAGCAAGGGUUCUUUCUGUCCGUCAUCACCCUUAUUUACCGCGGUCCAGAGGAGACAGCGCUCCCCAACGAAUUGGACACGAUCGUCAGGCACAAAGACCUCAGUUUGAGAGCCUUUUCCGUGACAGGAAAGGGAAGGCGCGUGCGCUUGAAGAAGAUCGAGAAAUUAUUGGCAAGACCCCUGUAUUGCUAAAUGCCAUCAAUACGAGUCAGACCAAUAUAUUGUCUGAGCUUCAGACAGCACAACGUGGGUACCAAGAUGAGCUAGCUCAUUUUCGUGAAGAGCUCUAUGCGUCUCUUCAGAUGGCGUUUACAAGGUUGGCUGAUCAGGUAGAAGGUGUUGGGCGUGCAGUAGUGUCUGUCGAGAAUGCUCAGCGUGAGACUGCCAAGCAGCUUGGCCUUAGCAUUGGAAGCGCUAUGGGCGAUGGCUUCUCGAAAAUGACGGAUACACUUCAGCAACAGGUACAGCAACAGAUACAGCAGCAGAUCCAACAAGCCCUGCUCCCGUACCAAAUGAGUGUCUCUCGUCCAGCGUCCAUCCGACAAGGAUCUCCCUUCUCAACAAGUCCGAGCCAAACUUUAGGUGGUCCGGCUGCUAUCACUGGCCCGGCCUCGUCCACCUAUACAUCUUUUGGAGGAUACGGAUCUGGUGCGAGCACUUCUCGGCAAAAUUUUGGAUCUGGCCAUGGGAGUCGGGAAGGAGCCAUUUGGCGACGCAGUAGUGAGCAAGACCUGCAAGGUGUUCGUAAUGAUUAUGAUGAGGAUGAGGAUGAUCUUGGUCGAGGCAAGCGAAGAGCAGUAGAGCGUCCUCGAUCAACAUCAGGAUCUCGCAGGACGAUUGACCGACCCCGAAGGGACUUUGAGAACUAGGUCUUGACCGCUUAUUCAUCCGAAUAUUUUUUAUGAGGAGCAUGUGCAAAAGAGAGUGAGAAAGAGAGAGAAGAAGAGAAAGAGUGGCACAGCGCGUUG